CUCUCUCUCUCUUUAUCUAUCUUUUCCUCUCUCACGGCUCAGAGCUCUGUCAAAGUCGGCAUAUAGUCGGCAAGUGCUACAGUUGCAGCUGCUAUCUCAGUAGUGAAGCAGAGCGACUACGAUCCGAGAGACCUACCUCGUUCCCGCCGUUUCGCGCGACGUAUUUUCUUCUAUAAAAAUCCUUCUCCCUCUUGUGAGAUUUUUUCUUCAUUCUGUUUACGUAGUGCAUUUGUGAUUGAUUGAUUGAUUAUUUAGGUGCUUGUUGUCGUGGUGAUUGUUGUUGUUAUUAGUGGUGGUGAACUAACUGAACCGAGUCUAGAGCAUGACGAGAAGGCACACGGUGAUCGUAAAGCUCAAGAGAUCCAGCACAGGCAGGCCUUGGGGCAUAAGGAUCGCUGGAGGCGCCGAUUUGAACACGCCGAUCGUCGUCACCCGCUCGGAGAAUGAGGCGCUCCAGAGGGGUGAUGUGAUCAAGAAGAUCGACGAUUAUGACACGCGCGACAUGAGGCAUGUAGACGCACAGAACCUUCUCCAAAACUCCGAAACCAUAAAGCUAGUCGUCGAAAGGUCUGAGUCGUCGAGAGCCACGACAUCAUCACGUAUUACCACCGACACUACUAUCACCAAGUCACCAUCCACAGUUUUCAAGUCGAUCUUUGGCGACGGGGCUGCGGUCACUAGUCUGUAUAAACAGCCGAAGGAGUAUCCCCAGGAAUUACCGAAAAGCCCGGUACCGCCGCCUUCAGUUGAGGAAUACGUAUCGACAUCGAGUCCCGACUAUACUGUUCGCAGCACGAUCAUUUUGCCGCAUGAUCAUCUUGACGAGAUCCGCGAAGAGAGGGUUCAUUUGUCCCAGCCUUACCGCACGACUCCUUUGGUCUUGCCAGGUGCUAAGGUCAAGAAGGAUGCCCCUCUCGGUGAAUGCUACCUGCGACAUCAUCCGAAUCCGAUGAUCAGGGCGGCGCCCCAUCAUUACGAGCCGUAUCAUCCUGAAGUUGCUAUGAAACAAAAGGUGGCGGAAACGGUACUUCAGCGUGUCACCGGACCGAAUGAAGUUCCAAAGAUUGUCCAUAAACAAUUCAACUCGCCAAUCGGGCUCUAUUCGGAACAAAACAUUGCGGACACCAUCAAGUGCCAAGCGUCUGCCAUACCCCUGAAGAAGCCGGUGAAAUACGACCCGAGUAAGAGCGAGGCGUACAAGGCUCUACAGGAGGAGGAACACGGGGACCAGGUGCAGGAGGUCAGGCAACCGGCUCGCACCGGCGUCUUCACACCGCAGAAAUCGAACAAGAUAUACCAGACUCCACCGAAAAGUCCUGCAUACGGUGGAUAUAGACGUCCCUUUCCCCUCCCUUUUGUUAAGGAUCUCAUCAACGACUAUUAAAAUUUUUGCAGAAACUUAUGAACGUGCUCGACGACGAAGGCGAGAAGAUUCAUCAAAGUAAUAGCUUCAAGAGGAUCAUGUACAGUGUGCUGGGACAGACCGAUUAUUAAAAGCCGAACUGACGCUAUAAAUGUACUACCAUUUAUUUAUGUUAAAUAAAUCCAUAUUUUAUUUAUUGUAUUACGCAAUAAACGAAUUACGCGUGAGAACGAAUGUCGAACAAAAUCUCUUUUAACUGAGAUUGCGCGUGUUUAGCAAUUGGAUUAUAUUUUUUAGAGAAGCGAGCUUAUUAAGUGCAUAUACGUUAAAAUCUAUAAAAGCGCUAAUUGAUAAAUUGCACUCGACAUUCAUGCUUGCCGGAUAAAACAAUGCCAUGUAUUUUUAAGCGUAGUUAAUAAUAGUUAUUUUAAAACACAUCGUUAGUACGCGGGGCUUACAGUCUUAUUUUACUCGAGAUUAAUAUUUUUUGCUAGCCUGCACUAAGAGCUUACUCUUUCCUCUCUGCAUCUCGAUGUAUUUAUUUUUUGACGAUCUAUUUACACACUGUAUUAUAUUUUUAACGUUAUGCACAAUGAAAAAUUAAUUUUCACAAAA